UAACGACAGUGGUGUUAAACAUGUGUGUGCUGCUCCCUGGAGGUCUCACAACAACUGUAGCAAGAGCGAGGCAACCUCAAGUCUGUGUGUGUGGUGGAGUGGGGCAAGACAGGGCUGGACGUGAUUACGAUUUACAAGUGAACUCGGCUUUAGAGUUCAUCCGCCUUCUUCAUCCGCCUGGCAGUCAAGAGAAGUGAUGCUCUCAGAGACACCUGGCGCUGGGUGGGCCUGGUUCCUGGAGACGGUGGACAGUGUCCCUCUUUAUCAUCACCUACACUAGACCCCUUUAGUCCACCAACCACUACCACUGUCUAUACCCCCAACACCUCGCCAUUUACACGUCACAAUCCGCUGUCACUCACUACAACUACUUGUACCUCUUAUCACUUGCCACUACACUACCUGCGCACUAUAUCACUUAUCACUAGAACCAUCUACGAUGCUAACAUACGACUAGCACCAUAAUCACACCAUUAACACUACCAGUACAGUACUCGUAUCACCUGAACACCACAAGUACCACACACGCAACUAGCACCACCUGCACUUUCUCAACACUAAUAUAUAUAUAUUUAUAUAUAUUUAUAUAUGUAUACACAUAUAUACACACACGCUCCACUAGCAAAACUUGAUAUCGUCACACCACCACCACCUAGACUCCACACAUAGCAACAGUGUUACACCGCCCUUCCCUUCCCCCCAUGGAAACCUCAACACCUGCCUGACUAAAUGGCUCCCAACCCACUGAACCGGGAGCAGGAGGCGAGGCGGGAGGGGCCGUGGUGGCGGGUGUACAGCCCGUCCUUGGUGUGUCUGGGGCUCAUGUGUGGCGCCACAGUCUACCUCGCCUAUGACGCCUUCACCUCCACCCACCCCCGCCCGUUGCCCAUCAUCUUCCUCAACUCCAAUUGGUCUCUCUCCUCCACCAACCACUGUUUGGUGGUGGGCGGGACGGUGCCUGGUGGGGUGUACACCGAUCUCCUCAAGGCUAACGUCCUCACCUCCGACGUUUACUACCGCUACAACGACCUCGACUAUCGUUGGGUCUCCGAGCAGAACUGGACUUACUCCACCACACUAACUGCUUCCCAGGACCUGGUGGACCAGGAACGUGUUGCUCUGGUGUUCCAGGGGCUGGACACGGCCGCCCAGGUGCUACUCAAUGGUGAACUUGUCGGAACCUCCGAUAAUAUGUUCGUCAGAUACGUCUUUGAUGUUAAAGAACACCUUCAGACGUCCGAGGAUAACACCUUGGAAGUCAUGUUUGAGUCGCCUGUCGAGUACGCCGCUCGCCAGUAUGAGGCCCAGGCCGCAGACUAUGUGGUCCCGCCCAAGUGUGUCGAUCCUGCUUUUAAGGGAGUAUGUCAUGCCAACCACAUCCGUAAAAUGCAGGCAUCCUUCAGCUGGGACUGGGGUCCAGCAUUCCCCAACAUGGGCAUAUGGAAAGACUGGAAUUUGGUUGGGUGGAACUCACUGUUGGUGAGAGACGUAUUCUUCUCAGCUACACCAGCCUCCCCGCUCCCCACGGUGCCAGAUCAUGAUCUAAGACCAAGCUGGAUUGUCACAGUGAAGGUGUGGUGUGAUGCUGCAUUUGAGUCGGGUAAUGUGACUGGGAGUGUGAACAUCACCCUGGGGAACCUCAUUGCUACAACGGAGCCUAGUGUAGCUACGGUGGAACACUAUGAGGCUUUGCUUGCCUUCACCUUCACGCUUGAAGAGGGCCAGGUAGAGAUGUGGUGGCCCAAUGGCUAUGGUGGUCAACCACUUUAUCAGUUGACCAUUCAAUGGACAGACGAAGAUGAAUCUGAAACUUCCAGUAAGAGUGUUCGAGUUGGGUUUCGAACUAUCGAGCUUAACCAGGAUUUUGUUGAUGCCACCGACGAAACAAAAGGGCGUCACUUCCGGGUGCGUGUGAACAACGUGACCAUGUUCAUGAAAGGCAGCAACUGGAUCCCAGCGCACGUCCUGCCGGAGGCUGUCACCCCCCAGUACACUCGCUAUCUCCUCCAGUCUGCGGCUGACACUCACCAGAACUGUAUGCGUGUCUGGGGUGGUGGCAUAUAUGAAACUGAUGCCUUUUAUGAGAUCGCUGAUGAAUUGGGUAUUCUUAUCUGGCAAGAUUUCAUGUUCGCGUGCAGCAUGUACCCUGUUAAUGAGAUGUUCCUUGACGCAGUAAGGGCCGAGGUGACUACACAGGUUCGUCGUCUACAGCACCAUGUCAGCAUCCUCCUCUGGGCCGGGAACAAUGAGAACGAGUCCGCGCUUCGAGACAACUGGUAUGGAACUUCCUCCGACUUUGAGCAGUAUAAAGCAGACUAUAUUGUCUUAUACGUAGACACUAUUCGAAAUAUUACCCAGACUUUGGACGCUACCAGACCAUUUGCUGUCAGCUCCCCGAGCAACGGUAUAGAGUCUGAGGCAGAGGGUUACAUCGCGCAGUUCCCGUCCAACACAUUGUAUGGAGAUGUUCAUUACUACAACUACCUGAGCGACGCCUGGAUUGGCGAGAACACACCCCGCACAAGGUUCGCCUCCGAGUACGGCUUCCAGUCCUGGCCUUCCUUCAGGACCUUGCAAGAAGUGACAAUAGAAGAAGAUUGGUCUAGUGAUUCUCCAAUGAUGUACCACCGACAACACCAUCCAGGAGGACAAGAGGAACUUGCCCUGCAGAUUGGCCUUCACAUGCACCUCCCACCCCAGGACGGCACUCUCAAAGUUUUUCAAGAUUAUUUAUAUCUUGGACAGGUCCACCAAGCUAUGGCAAUAAAAACAGAAACAGAAUUUUACCGUCGGGGGAUGAGUGAGGUGGCAGAAAACGGUGAGGGGUACACUAGCGGAGCACUUUAUUGGCAGCUCAAUGAUAUCUGGCAAGGAGCAUCCUGGGCCUCAAUUGAAUAUGGAGGUCGGUGGAAGAUGCUACACUACUAUUCCAAAAAAUUUUUCUCGCCCAUCAUAGUAUCUCUCUAUCGAGAAAAUGAUGACUUGAAGGUCUAUAUCGUAAGUGACUUGACGGAAGAAGUAUUGGAUGUUACGUUAAGUAUUGAUCUUUAUCGAUAUGAUCAAAGAGACAAAGUCAAUUCUUACAACAAAUCUCUGAAUGUGGCAGCAGCAGAAGCAAAUUUAGUGGCUACCGUAAAACUUUUGCAAGACUUGGAAAUGAAUACUCUCUGUCAGCAAGGCAUCUAUGACCAGGAAGAUGUGUGUUUUGUUGUAUCUCGCUUGAUAUCUGCUGCUGAUGGAUCUCCUGCAGCUCCAGACAACUUCCUUCUGUUGGGGAAGCCUAAGGAUGCAUACAUACCUCAUGCUACUGUUAAGGUUGAAUCUAUCUCUGGGCCUUUCACAACAGUUAAAAGUAACAGGACCUUCACAGUAAAACUGACAAAUGAUGCAAUAUCGCUGUUUGUGUGGCUUGAGGUAGAUGAAGAUGGUGUGUUUUCUGAUAAUGGUUUCCUAAUGACUGAACCUGAAGUGGACAUUACAUUUUAUUCUCUGAAAGAUACUACUGCAGAUGCUCUCCAGAGUUCCAUCACUGUUAAAUCUCUCACUGACACUUACAAGGGAGAAACUGUAGUUGGUGUUGGAGCCAAGACAGUGAUGGAACAUUCAUUCCACCCUAAUGACAUUAAGAACAUUCUGUUUGUGUAAAUAAUUGUGGCAUAUUGUAUAACCAGCAUUAUGGAAUAAAAUUAAUAAAAAUA